AUGGACGCAUAUCCUCAGGAGCUCAUCACCCACGAGGCCCCGCUGGUAGUCGUCUCCGGGCUGGGAGCACGGGAAAGACACAGCGAGAUUCCCCCAUACCCGCUACUCAACAACGGGUUCCACGUGUUUUGCGACCUUCCUCCGAUCACCGACGACACGGCUGAGCGCCUGGUCGACUACUUUCAGAAGAACGAUGCCACUGGAUUGUGGGGUAGGCGCGGGGAGCGGGGUGCAAAGGGACCGCAGCUCCCAGUGUUUCGGAUACGCCUUGUAGGACGGGAAUACCGAUUGCCGCCUCGAAAAGCAAAUCCGCCUUCGCCGGGAGCUCCAAGCUCACCUUCCGAAGGUCCACCCACGCGAGUUCUACAUUCGCCGAUAUCGCCGCUCUCGCCAGACUCGCCGCUAUUCCCCGAUGGUGCGCUCUCGCAUAUAUGGCUUCGGAAGCACCAGUCACUACUCCCAGCUGUGUUCGUUGCGUUUUUCGGGUUGAACACAUCGACAAGUGAUGCCGGCGUCCAGGCGCUCGAGGAUAACAAGAUCAUCGAGGCGAUAAACAGAUCCAAGCAGCACUUUUUGACCUCGUCGAGCGGCUCCCUGACGUCGACGUCUUCAAUCGGAAGUGAAGAGCUGCGUAGUAGUGGACAUCGCACAAAGUUUGUGGCCGUGGUGCUGAGUGAGCGGUCACUCAUGACCUCGGCGCAGAUUGAUGACCGUUUGACCUUCAUCAGACGUGGCACCGGACUCACCACGAAUGCUACAUUUUUCGUCGCCCAAUCCAACACAUCGCCCGUGGAACUGGAACAGUUCGUGCAAGGCUUACUGGCUACAAUAUGGCCCGGCGCAGUGGAGUACUAUCGGGAGCUCUCCAAACAUGCACGGCGGAAACGAAACAAGGGCUCGGUACCGCCACCGACAAUCCCAUCCUCGCGCGCCCUGUCUUCGCAAGGGUGGAAUCUCCGUUACGAGUUCAAGCUAGGUGUGUUUGCGGAAUUCCGCCAGGAGAUGGACGGCGCCGGAAGAAACUACGAAACUGCCUACGAGAAACUCCUCUCCGAGGUUUUUGAGGCAACAAGCUCCUGGUCAGAGCGAUGGACGGAGGCGCGGAUGUUCGCCGAUAUACUAAUCUUGCGGAUCAUCCGGUGCCAUCUGUGCGUGGAGAACUACGUGGCCGCGAAGCAACGUUGGUCAUAUCACAUCGCCCGUAUGAGGGACGUGAUAGAUCGAAAGGGCAAAGGGACACAGACAUAUGGAUUCGCUGCGUGGUUGAGUCGUUGGAAUAAGUGCCUCGCAGAUCUCUUACAUCUUGCGAACCUUCCCGUGUUCUCGGUCAGUCUUCCACCAGUGCGGAUACCUGGACUUGUGGACCAGGAACCUCCAAUGAUCUACUUCAGACCGGAUAAGGUGGGCGUCAGCUUAACAUCGCACGAACUCUUGCACCAUGCCGGAUUCUACUACCUCGCCGCAGCGGAAUGGACGAAGGUGCGUGCGAAGAGGGCGAGGAAGAUUAAUUUGGAUGAUCGCGAUGUAAAUGAUACCUACUUGUGUCCGACGCCGCGAGAGGAAACUGAGGUCGACCAUGCCGCUUUGCAGAUCUCGUAUCUUGCGCAUGCGAGGACGGAGUUCAGUCUCAGGCAGCAGGAACGAAUGGCGGAAUCCAUAUCCUACCAGCUUGCGGUGUUGAGGAUGGCGAAGGCGACGGAAAACCCCAAUCUUUGGAUCGAAGCGCUGAAAGAUCUUCGAGGCAUUGCAUCGCGAUACCGCAAAGAAGGGUGGUGGAUCUUGCUCGAGGAUGUUUUGUGGAGAAUCAUAGAGUGCGGCCGCGGUAGUGGCGACGCGGGAAGCGUAGUACUUGCGGAGUUUGAAUUGAUGUGUAAGUCCGUGUUCAAGGAAAGGCUAGGAAAGCGAUACGACUUGGACAAUUGCUUGGAGGGCAUUGAUACUCUGAACGUGAAGCCGACUAUUGUGGCCAGAGCUAGCGAUGUCGUGAAUAUUCUCUCCGUGUGCUACUCCUUCGAGUACCCAACUGUCCAUGCGGGCCAGGCAGUGAACUCGCAGCUCAGCAUCGCUUCAAAUGCUCAUCCCUCUGCGGCGCCACUGGUGUUUUCGGAGCUGAAGAUAACAUAUGAAGGAGGCCUCAAGACUGUACUUCUCCGCCAUAAAGCCUCGUCGACCUCGGAACAGACUCGACCGGUGCGGAUAAUCAAUUUGCAAUCCGCCCUCCAUGAGUACUCGGAAUCUGCUGAUGCCCCGCUACAAUCACCAACGUCGAUAGCAUCGCACACAUACAUGGUAGCAGAUACAGAUCUAUCCAUCGCACCGGGCAAAGUCAAGGUCUUUGAGCUUUCCGCGAUCCUGAGGGAAGCCGGCAGCGCCAAGGCGAUCUGUGGUACCUUUGGUAUUGUCAACGACAGCUUCGAUCUUGAUUUCAAUGUCUUCACGACACAGAAUGGCGGAACGAGUGUCUGGUGGAAAGAGACUGCCGGUGGAAAGAUCGUUAAACGGCCGCUUAGAGCUGCUCCUGACUCGUUGACCAUCCUUCCUAGACCGCCGAAGAUGGAGGUCUCGGCGAAAGGGCUGGAACAUGGUGUUUACACCGAUGAGGUGGUUAGGAUUGGUCUUGAGGUCUUGAAUGGCGAGGAUGAAGAUGCAGAUGUGAGCGUUGAUGUCAAGAUUAUUGGCUGGCCCAUGGAAGAAGGGCCAGUCAUCACUUGGCUAGCAGACGAUGGCUCCGCCCUGGAACCGACAGCAUCUCUCCAUCCUCUGGGCAACAUGAAGCCCAACCAGCAUAUCACUCGAUACUUCACCUUUCCCUCCGCUCCCGAACCUGCAGACUGCACGCUCGAGAUUAAGCUCCGCUAUAACCUCGUAUCGGACCCUGAAACGCCGACGGAAAAGAUGGUUAUGGUGGACAUGCCCAUUGUGUCUCCGUUCGACUGCACCUUUGACUUUUCCCCGCGAGUGCGCCAUGAUAUCUGGCCCGACUACUUCUCGCUCGACAAUGAGCUAUUUGCGGACGAUGGCGCUGCUAAAGAGGAUGUUAAGCCGCAAGGGAUUGUGCAGCGGUGGCGCCUGAUGGCUGCGAUUCAGGGCGUUGGGAAGGAUGAUAUCACAAUCGAAGGAUGGGAGUUGCCUCUGCGGCAGGUGGCUGGCGCAGCGGCGUGUGAAAUCUCUCCUGGUGAGCAGAAGGCUAUCUCCCUCGAACCUUCUAAAACUAUCAAAAUUCCCUUCAGCCUCGAUGUCUCCAAACACAGUCUCGAAGACCGCAGUCCGUCCACGCUCGACACAACUCUCCACCUCCACUGGCGGCGCACUUCCUCCCCCACCACCCCACUAACCACUACCCCCUUCCGCGUUCCCCGCCUCUUCGUCCCCCUCCGCGAACCCCGCGUCCUUGCCGAAUCGCACCCCUCCCGUACCAUCCCGGGUGCGUUAAACCUAACCUACACCAUCGAGAACCCAACCAACUACUUCCUGACCUUUGCACUAUUGAUGGAAACCAACGACUCCUUUGCAUUCUCGGGGCCAAAGCAGAUGGGACUACAGCUGCUGCCGGUCUCUAGGGAGAAAUUCGAGUACACUCUCCUGCCGUAUGCCAGGGAUACUUGGGUCCGCCCUAGUCUGAAGGUCGUGGAUCGCUACUUCAAUAAAACGCUCAAGACUCUGCCGGCUGGCGACGGCUGCGCGGCUGAGAAGGGCGUGUUGGUCGUGUGGGUUCCCAAGGAGCUGCUGCCGAAGCCCGAGGAGGCGGGGGAUGGGGUGGAAGACGGGGAUGAGGAUAGUGAGGAGGAUAGUGACUUUGAGCCGAGCGAGAGUAGUGAGGAUAGUUUGGAGUAUGCGGAGGAUAGUGACGAGGAGGAAUCUGACGGGGAAGGAGAUGGAGAGGGUGAUGGAGCAGAGGGAGCAGAGGCGAAGCAGGAGGAGAAUGUGGGCGCCGACGAGUAG